AAUUGGUAGCAAGCCAGUGAUGCCCAUGUAUGGGUUAAAUAAAUGUAUUUUUGGGAAGAUAUUGAUUAAAAUAGAUUUUAAUUUAGUGAAACAGAUAACAACGAAGAAAACUUUUUUUCAAAAUCGUUGUAAAUAA